GCACUUAAUAGGACAGGUAGAACCUAGGAUUCCAUAUAACUACGUCUUGGUACUACCCUAGUACUACUAGGAUCCGACCGCUAGUGAACAUGACAACAUCAUCACCAUUUACUACUCCUAAAGGCACCGAAAAUGGUCGCCUCAAGUACUUGGAAACCUUACACGUCACUAACUGAGGCACCUACCAACCUCAAGGAGGCCAUUGACUGGGUCCUAAGGGUAACUGGUAGAGAUGGUAAACCACUGAACAAGGAAACUGAAUGCAUAUGUGGCCUGGCGGCGGCAGUGACUGACCUACUGCAGUCAGUUGAACUGGAGUACCAUGGUUAUGAAGGCGAUGGCAAUGCCAAUGGUGGUGCCACCGAUGCCGACAAGACGCCACAGCAGCACAUCAACGACCUUUUCUCUCUAGUCCAGGGACUAGGUGGUACUGCAGUGGUACGGACCUAUAUAGACCAAUUGGCACAGGCACUCAGUGCAAUAGUUGGGUGGAGUAGGAUAAUGAAGUGUCAGAAGUACGAUUGCAAUACUGGCACAUGCCAAAGGGGUCGUGGUACUGGUCACGGCAAGUUCAAGUGCUGUUGUGGCAAUAAUGGCAAUCAUAAUGGCGGCCUACGUUGUUGUAAGGGCCAGAAUGGUGCUGAUGGUGGCAAGUGCAGGAACGGCAAGGUCUGCGAUGGCUCCAGCAAAGGUGAUAGCUGCAGGGUCGUCUGCGCCAAUGGAUGUUGCAGUCAUGGUGGUACUGGCUGCAAGUAUCUAGAUGAUGUAAAGCUGGAGAAUUCGUGCAAUGACUGCCAAUGUAAGAUAGUAGCUGGUAAGGGACACCACCUGGCCAAGGGGUGUACGAAAUGUUCCUCUGAUGAUGGGAAGAAAACGAAAAGCUGCCAUUGUAAAAGUAGCACCUGUUCUCCGGAGAACUGCCAAUGCGCUAAAGCAGGCAAAUGCUGCAAGUGUUGUUGUACGAGUUGUAGUGGGACGUGUAAGGAAAAGUGUAUUUGUGAUAAGGUGGACCCAAAUGGUUAUAGAUCGGCAUAUCCCAAAACUACAGGAAUGUGGGUUGAAGGAGGCUUUACCAUUACAUGGGUACAACUUGGUGACACUACCUUUGAUAGCAACGGAGCUAUGCCCCCUUCCCAACGUCGCCAACAAUGUGCCCGUAUUCUCCUAGGGUCAGUAUGCCUCAUCUGGAGUGGCAUUACUUAUAUGUAUUGGACAGGUAGGUAUGCCGAGAGUAGUCCCCGUUGGAACAAUCACAUCCUGGACGGUACCGGUCUAGAUGAUGGUUCCCUAUCCCAAUGGCUACAGGCCGUAGGGUUUCCUCAUGCAAUGCUGAACAAUAGUGUACCAGAGAAUAGACUAGAUCAGGUUAUCACAGAUGAGUUUAGGGAUAGGUUUUAUUUGGGAUUCCCGGAUACUAGUAACAGUGCUGUCCAUGGCCGAGACAACAACGCUAAUACAUUUAGGAGUCCAGCCAAUUUGACCUAUGGAGGGUUUAUACAUAAAAUCAACAAAGGUGCAUUUGAUAAGGAUGGCCCCUUCAAGGAUUAUACUGAAGCUAAAAUUGACAACAACAAGCUCGGUCCAAUUCUCAAGCUCCAUAUUCUAUCAUGCGCUUAUUUUACCGGGCUGCAAAAGCGUAGAGUAUUGGCCAGUACCCAGAGUACCACUAACACCCCUAAGACCAUCCGUGAGAUCCUAUACUGGCUAAGUGCACUGCCCUAUAGUCCGGCAUAUAAGGGACUACUGAAUCACUGUAAGGAAAAACUAACAGAAGUGACCAAAGAUAACCCGAACAAAUAUCUCUCAUUCCACCAAACAGGCCGUACAGCUUCUAUUAAUGUACAGGACGUUGAUUUGUACUCCCACUUCCAAGCAGUGACUCAGUACUGCCCACUGGUGCUCAUAGGUAUCCAGGGUGGAUUACACAGUACUAAAGGCGCUGACUCUUCUGCCAUUCACUCCCUCUACGCUAAUUCUAACUUCUCUUUUACAUAUCCUACACUUGAUAUACAAGUAUACAACCAGGUGGUACACUACAUUAGGGCUCUAUUCUACCAGUUGUACUUCCUUAGGAAGCAAUGUGCAGUGAAGGUCACUUCUGGAGGCAAAUGGCGUGAGUGUAGGUAUGGUAAGGAUGUGGUGUCAAAGGGGGUCAUUAGCUGGAUGUGCCUGGGGUGUAGCCCCAUGGAACAUGAUAGGAAUUAUAGGGUAAAUGAGAUGGAGAAGGGGUUGGAUGGGGUGAAGACUGGAGGUGAUGAGCUUGCAGGGGCGCUAAAGGAAUUACUGUUGAAGAUUGGUGAAGUGGUGAUACAAUUGGGUAAUGCCCAGGAAGCAUUGGAAGGGAAGGAUAAAGAUGUAAUAGCGAAGGUGAAGGGGAAAGUGACGGAGGCUAAUAAGAAACUAGGGGAGGCUAAGGAGGCACUAGAUAAGGUGAAGGAUGUUCUGAAUGGGCAGGAACUAACGAAGGCUAAGACGAAACUAGGGGAGCUGACGAAGAAUGGUGGAGGUAGUGGAGAUCUACUAGGGAAGGUAGAUAAGGCACUAGGGAAUGCCAUAAGCAAUGAUUUCGAUCAGGGUAAGAAUGCAGUGACAAAGGCUAUCAAUGGAGUGCGCCAUGCAUUGGAUGCAUUGAAGGAGGGAGUUGAAGGUCUGAAAAAGAAGGAAGUAGAUGAUGCAAAAAAGUGUCUGGGGGACGUUCUGUUAGAAGUUACUCCGGCGGAUCAAUACGAUAUCUAUAAAACAUAUUUUGAAAUGAUCCAAAAACUCCAAUACAGUAUUAAUGACAUUUUAUCCCUAUGCACCACUCCCAAGUGCCCGGGAUGUAAAGAUCACUCCACCAAAUGUGGCAAAACACCAGUGUCCAGACAGUGCCCUGAAUGCCACCAACAAUACAUGGACGGCUUUCCAUCCCCCCUCCAGGCAUUCCUCGAGGACCGGUUGCCAGGCUUUAGUUGCAAUGAGGUUCUCAACACAGAGGACACCGACAACUACCCACCUGCUGCAUCCCACUUGGGACACUGCGGUGGUUCCGGCCAGUGCUGCCCGUUGCCAAUGGGUUUCAGGAAUUGCUUCUACAGCGGCAGCACCAGUGAUUGUACCGGUCAACGCCUUUACGGCAUCCUGUGCUUCUUCAGUAACGAGAACAUGAUGGAGUCGUGUGCUUAUACACUGGUCAGGGUAACAGCAGAACUCAGUGCCACGACACCACAGGUACUAGGUGACGUCUUUGGGUUCUUCAAGGGGGGUGUUGGAAAUCCAGAAAAUAAAGUGGGAGACAAGGGCAAAAGUUGCGAUCACAGUAAAGAGUUGUCUCAAAAAACGAAUAGAGAUUACUUUUGCGGCUGGUGUGCCUCUGGGUUACGCGAUGAGGUAAAAAAUAUCCAGUGGAUACACAAUGGGACAGAGAAAGGAGGGCACUACAUGGGCAAAGUCGGCGCAGCACUAAUAGGUAUUAAGGGCGAUAAAGACACUAAUGGUGCUACUCCCAACACCACUUCCCUCUCAACACUCACUGAGCACUCACAGUUCAUCUCCCCCCUAACAGGUGAGCUUUACACCGCAGUGAGUGCCACCUUUGGACACGUCUACCUCCAAUGGGUACUGUAUCUAUCAGAUGCACUUGAAGGUGGACUGAGAUCACUGUCAGAGGCAUUCCUGAACAUCCAAUGCAACGGCUGUAAGGGGCAGUGCGACCCCAAUAAGUGCAAGAAGGGAGAACACGGAAAGGACAGUGGCCUAUGCCAGUGCUCCUCAAUCGUAUCAUGUACAGGAGUACUACCAGUGUUGUAUAGACAUGGGUUCAGCUACGGUAACCCAUUCAAUCUGGAGGGGUACCAACAGAAGAACCAGGAAAGUGGAGAUUAUAGCAUUACAGACAACGGUGGGAAGAAGUAUUGUCACGAGUUCCUAGAGAGUCUCAAUUCGGUGAUCAACAAGAAGCAGGACGCCUCUCAGAACCAGGAACAGCACCCCCUGACAAAGUUACUAUCAGAAGUCGGCAAACUCCAAUACGACAUACGGCUCCCGUGGAUCUUUGUUCUCACGCUAGCGUGGCUAGUAGCAGUACUCUACCUAGCAUUUGGUGCCAUAUGGCCACUGGACUGGACACAUAUGAGGUCGCAUUGGUUACGGGGUGGAGAACACCAGUGGCAGUGUAUGUGGUAUAAGGUGAUGACGGGACGCAAAGGAAUGGAAUUGGUGGAGUAUUUUGGGAGGAAGGAGAGAGAGUAAUAUUGUGUAAGGGUGAUAUGGUUAGUAACACCUUUAGUGAGAGUUUAGUGCACUCUC